GAAUGCGGGCGGCGGUGGGUACAAAGAAUUUGGGGCGUCGAAGGACGAAGGGGAUGAUGGGGCGAUCGACGACGGGGCUAGCACACCGGACAGCGUUCCAGAGCCGGAUCGACCACCCCUACGACACAUCGACAAGUACAUCAAGCCGGAAUUCCCUUGCAUCUCGAAACGUGUCACUGUCGCGAUCCUCACUUGCGUCGGCUUCAUGGUCAUGUUUGGAAUGCGAUGCAACAUGGGCUUAGCGAAACUGAGAUUGGAGAAAGAAAGGAACGAAACUCUCUCUUCUGUGGAUGCGUCGAUUUUCUGGGGUUACCUGAUCACGCAAGUACCCGGUGGUUUCCUGGCCACGAAGUAUCCGGCCAACAAGCUCUUCGGCGGCGCCAUCGGAACCUCCUCCUUCCUAAAUCUUCUGGUCCCGGGCGCUUUGAAUCUCGGAAAAGGUGCUCUUAUUGUAGUCAGGGUGUUACAAGGAUUGGUUGAAGGCGUGACAUAUCCAGCUUGCCAUGGUAUCUGGAGGUAUUGGGCUCCACCGUUGGAGCGUUCGCGUUUGGCCACCUUAGCCUUCUGCGGAUGUUACGCUGGUGUCAUGCUCGCGAUGCCGCUGUGCGGUGAGUUGAUCAAGAGGAUAGGAUGGGAAGCUCCUUUCUACUUCUACGGUGCAAUGGGAGUCACUUGGUAUUUGCUGUGGAUCUGGAUGGUCUUCGAAAAGCCCAGCAAACAUCCGACGAUAGAGGCCAAAGAAUUGCGAUACAUCGAGAGUUCUUUAGGUGGUUCGGUACAGUCACACACUUUACCUACUAUAGCGAACACUCCGUGGAAGGCCUUCUUCACAUCUCUGCCCGUCUGGUCGAUAUUCAUAGCGAAUUUCUGUAGGUCUUGGAAUUUCUAUUUGCUCGUCCUCUUCCAAGCUAGUUACAUCAACGACGUGUAUGGAAUUGAUAUCGAGGAGAACGCUAUAUUGGGAGCGCUGCCGCAUUUGCUGAUGACUAUAAUUGUACCGAGCGGUGGAAUCUUGGCGGAUUAUUUAAGAACGCAAGGUAUAAUGACUACUACACAAGUUCGUAAAGUCUUCAACUGCGGCGGCUUCGGUAUGGAAGCUACCUUCUUCUUGGUAGUCGCCUUCUCGAAAUCCUAUACGCAAGCCAUCACCGCCUUAACGUUCGGAGUUGCCUUCAGCGGCUUCGCGAUAUCUGGCUUCAAUGUUAACCAUCUGGACAUAGCUCCAAAGUAUGCCAGUAUACUCAUGGGAAUGUCGAACGGUAUAGGGACAAUAGCCGGUUGCAUAGUACCGAUUGCUGUGCACGCUUUCACGGACGAGAAUCCGAGUGCGGAAAACUGGAAAAAGGUAUUCACAUUGGGAGCAACUGUCCAUUUCCUAGGUGUAAUCUUCUACGGACUAUUCGCCUCCGGAGAGCUUCAAGACUGGGCUGACACUCUAGCCGAGGAGGAGAAGCAAUGGAAUCCAAUGGAUGAAACGGUUUACAUUAAAAAAUCUCCAACCGCCCAGAGUAACGGCUUAAUACAGACCUCGUUAUCGGGUAAGACGAUAACGUAUGGAUCCGUGGAACAGCCCACUCCACCCCCGAGACCACAGCCACCGGCGACGGCGGCGCAGGGUGGCGGCGUGUCUGUAAAUCCUUUCGCAACGGGAACUAGCACAGGCACAGGCAACACUAAUCCAUUCAAUAAUCCUUUCCGACAAGAACCCGUGCAGCCGCCAGCUCAAGAUUCUUACUUGCACGGAACCAUUGAAGAUCGCAAUUACUAGAUAAGUUAUAAGAAAAUCCAUAAUUAUUAUUUACAUUCACAAACAAAUUACUUAUUUGC